AUGACGAAUAAACUUAAAAUUCUUGAUGCUUAAUUCGAUGAUGAGGAAAAAUUUUUAUUGAAUUUCUUCUUCUAUAUAUAAAUAUUUGUUUUUUAAAAGUUAUAAUUUUAAAAAUUACUUUUUUUAAAUCUAAGAGCUUUAUUGUGUUUGAUUCAAAAUAAUUAUUUCAUCUACUAAAUUUCCAAUCUAAUAAUAUAAUUAUUAGAUCAAAAAGAAAUAACCUCUUUUAUAUUAUAAAAGAAACUCCCUUUGGAUUUAUAUUUGUAUAAAAAUAAUUUUUUUUAUUUUUGAUUUUGAUAUAUUUAAAUACCAAAUUAGAUAAAAUAAACUUAUAAUANAAUUGAAACUUUAAGAAAAAGAUUAUCAACUGAUCUUGAAAACUUAAAUCAAUAAUUUAAUGAUAAAUUUAAUUAACAAGUAAGAUCCUUAAGAAUUAUUAAUAGAAAAUUGUUUUGGCUUAAAAAGAAUAAUUAUUAAUUGAUAUUCCAAUUACAGAAGAAUUGCUUCAAUUAACAAAAGAAUAAUAAGAACAAUAUCAUUAAGCUUAUAUUAGCCGAUAAACUUAAAGGUAUUAUUAUUAUUUAAAUAAAGACUCUCUGAAAUUGAAGUUGUCUAAAAAGCCUACAAUCUAGUUUUCGAUCAUGUAGAUUCAGUAAAAAAAUCAGAAGACCUUACAGCUAAACUUAGUAGUUGA